AUGGCAGUCUCCUGCCUGGCCCUUCUGCUGACCAUUCUCAGUUGGGGCCUUGCUCGCAUCUGGAGUGCCUGGAGCAGUGGCAAGCACUGGGGUUCAAGGAGGAGGCGGCUUGUCAUCCUGGCCCUUCUACAGACUACGGUGAAUGUCACAUUCUGGUUGACGCCGCACACGCACAUACUGGCGACGUCGUGUGGCUGGUUUGAUGCCAUCAUCGACCAUUCUGGAGUCAUCCAGUGGACCAUGUGGAACACGAUCUUCCUGACCCUGACUGUCAGCGCGCACAACAGCAAUCCCUGGCUGCACAAAGGGAAGCCGGUCUCAACAAGUCCGGACCCGCUGAUCCUGGAUGCUCCCAUUUGGUAUCAUGCCCCCAAGCUUCUACUGUGGUGCGGCUUCCAAGGCACCAUCAUCAGUGAGGCCGUUAUGGGAAAUAAAGGUGACCAAAAAGACGCGUGCAAUUGGAAGAAUUGGGAGGGGUCUUGCGCGCCCGUACUGCGCACAAAGAUCAUAAGCAUCAUCUGGGGGGUCCUCUCUGUGGGCUACUUUGUGGUCUACGUUUACUACAACACCCGCGCGCGCGUGCGACUGGAGAAGCUCCCCUACAACCGCUUCCGCACCGGCAACCUGCUCCAAAAUUGGCAGAGGCGCCAGGGGAAAUGGAUCAUGAACUUCAUGGUGGCCUCAGUGCUGACGUCCUGGUACUUCAGCUGGAAUCACUGCAGCGGGUACUUCACAACCUGGUUGGGUGUCUUCCCUCUUGAGGUGGUUGUCACAGGGGCAAUGGUGGCCAAUUCGCUGUUCAUGUUCCCCAUGCCUGCCAGCAAGGUGAACCCAGGAGUGCAGACUCUGCUCCAGGGCUUCUCCUGGAGCGAGGCCACAAGAAAGGAUGACCUGGCACAGCGGAACCUCCUGCUCGGCCCACAUGUCAAGAAUGUCAAAAAGCAGGCAAUGUUUUGCCUGGAGACAGCAGUCAAGCUGCUCACCUUCAGCUGGGUGGUAUAUGACGACACAACCCCACCUGCAGCCGAGAAGGAAGUCCAUAUUGACAUCCCUGACCCCAAAAGCAAUGACCUGCCACAGACUUUGCAAGCCAAGGAGGUGGAAGUCAUGCAAACGGGUGACACUGAAAAAGGUGACAGAGAACACAUGCGCAGUGUAUCACUUGACAGCCAGAAGGCUGCCGAAAUUGAGGAGCUCACCAGAGCGCAGCUGAUGACAAUGGCGCUGAGUUUCUAUGACUUGCAGCACACACACAUCAUCCAUGAGAAGGACCCGGACACGAAGGUGCUAGUUUCUUGGAAUAAUGACACGAUCGUGGUGGCCUUCCGAGGCACUGCCAGCCUCAAGAACGCGUGGCGGGCGGAGCAUGUGCCGAAGAGGGGUCGCUUUUGGUUGGGGCGGCGGCCGCUGGUGCACAAGGGGUUCUGGCGCUCCUGGAGCGCGCACGGCAUCGGAGACCGCGUCAUGGACUUCAUCGGGAGCCUUCUGGUAGACAGCAAGCUUCCCGCUGCAGACUGGCAUGUCUACAUCACAGGGCACUCGCUGGGGGGCGCUCUGGCAACACUGGCAGCUUAUGACAUCCAGACAGCGUUCGGGUUCAAGGACCUGCAGGUAUACACGUAUGGUGCACCUCGCACCGGCAACCACGCAUUCGCAAGGGAGUACGAGGCGCUCAUACCGGAGACCUGGCACGUGGUUCAUGACUCGGAUGUCAUUCCACGCGUGGGCAAGUUUGUGCGCAUGUACAAGCGCCCUGGGGCGCGAGUCAUCAUUGACCGAAAGGGAUCUAUCGUCGUGCGGCCCAGCGCCCUCGAGCUGCACCUGCGCCCCACGUGCCGCAGCCUGAAGGCGCACUACCUGAAGUCCUACCAGAGUGCGCUGGGAGGAGUACUGCGCGCGCAGUUCUGCCCCCUCAAGGCAUUCGUCGGCGGCCGCCGCGCAGCGCUCAGCCUCGCCGACAGCCCCCGGGUCUCCUCUUACCUCUGCUCCACAGGCUUGGACCUGGUUGCACUGAGCGAGAGUGACAGCAGUCUCGGCGAUGCGACAGACUCUGAUGCAGCAUCUGUCACUUCUGAUGACGUGCCUUCGCGAAUGCCUGCUUGGGCACAUGCACUGAUGGACCAGGUAAUGGGCACGUCCCUGGAGUCCAAUAUUGCGCGGGCGGCUCACAUCACACGGCAGCCGAGGGAUGAUCAUGAUUUGGUGACAGGCAGCAUACAGGAGAGUGCGCACAGCCUGCGGCGAUGA